AAAAUGCUUGGUCGGGUUCCAUUUAGGAGAAUUGAAAAGGAUGUAUAUAGUAUAGUAUAUAUUAUAUAAAUACAAAAUCUUUUAUUGUCACAUGUUGAAAACAUCAUAUAAAAGUUUAAUCAACUCUCUUGAUGGUUGAUUUCAAAUUAACAAAACCCUUUUUGUUCUUGCUUUUGCUUGUUUGAAUAGUGACUGAUUUUGUUUGGCGACUGGUGCGUAAGAGAGUCGCGCAGGAGGGGGUAUUCUAGAGGCGGGGUCACGUGGAGGAGGAGCAGGGGAAGAGGGAAGAGGGAAGAGCGAAGAGAGGAGACGCACGUGCACAUGGUUGAGAACUGAGAAACAGAGAAAGAAGCCCCCGGGCGGUUGCGUCUUGCGUGGCGGUUGGAAUUGAAAUCGGGUGGCGUUUCCCACUCGACGGAUCCGGUCUGUACUCACUUCCGUGGCCACUCCCCCCACCUUUUCUUCUUCACUCGUAACUGGCGGCGCCGCUCUCUACCCCCUUUCUUCUGCCUGCUGCUUCCUAACCCGCGGCCCCAUGGACCUCGAUCCUCGUCAAUACGAAAACAUUGCUAUAAAUGAUGAUGACAUCCAUAGUAUUAUUCUGUCAUAUCUUAUACACAAUUGCUACAAAGAAUCAGUGGAGUCAUUCAUUGCUUGCACUGGGAUGAAGCAGCCAGCAAAUUAUAUGGAAAACAUGGAGAAAAGAAAAAGAAUCUUUCACUUUGCACUAGAAGGAAAUGCACUUAAGGCUAUUGAGCUUACUGACCAGAUGGCACAGGAAAUUUUACAAAAUAAUAAGGAUUUACACUUUGAUCUUCUAAGCCUUCAUUUUGUGGAGCUCAUAUGCUCUAGAAAAUGCUCAGAAGCCUUGGAGUUUGCACAGACCAAGUUGAGCCCUUUCGGAAAGGAGAAAAAAUAUAUGGAAAAGCUUGAAGACCUCAUGGCUCUUCUUGCUUACAAGGACCCAGAGAAGUCCCCAAUGUUUCAUCUUCUUAGCUUAGAGUAUCGACAGCAGGUUGCAGAUAAUUUGAAUCGUGCUAUUCUUGAACACUUGAACCUUCCCAGCUACACAGCAAUGGAAAGGCUAAUACAACAAACUACGGUGGUCAGGCAAUGCUUAAAUCAAGAGGCUGGCAAGGAUGGCCCCACGCCAUUUUCUUUGAAGGAUUUCCUCAAAAGUUGAUGGAAAAUAGUCAAAUAUCUAAAGGCAAAUGAGAGAUGAAGCACCUUUACCCUAAGCAUUUCUUGCCACAUUAUUGGAUUGGUGUAUGGUUUGAUCAUAGGGUUUAGGCUAUCUUGAUCUUUGUGAUGGGCCCACACUUUUGUCGUGGACGAAUGAUACAUGAGUGACCAUAGCUAAAAUUGCAUUUGGGUUGGUAGCAAAUUGAGGAAAUUCUUGUUUGGAGCAAUUGAUCUAAUAUGUGGCCCAAUAUCACCUGUCAUAAUUUUCCUUAAUUUAGAUUAUUUUCAAUGCAUGCUCUGAUAUUUGAUGUAAAAUGCAUCUGCAUUUUUCUGAGUUUGCGACAGGAUAGGAAAGGUAGAUUUAAGACAAUGUUAGUGCUUGCCUUCAAUGCCUGUGUGUUAGAACUUAGAAGUAUCAGUGUUGUGGAAUGUUUCUUAUAUAUGUGCAUGGAGGGAAUGGAUGCUAUCAUGUGAAAGUUUCAUAUGACUUUCUCAUUUGUUAAUUUUUCAUAUUAGUUAAAUAUAUACAAUGAAUUUCUUUAUUUGGAUAUAAA